GCGUUUGCAUUAGAAAUGUAGGGGGUUCAUCGACCCAGGUACAAAAAUCUGAAUAAAACAAAAAUGAUCUCGGGUAGACCUCCGGUCAGGCAAAAAUUCUUGAGGAUGACAACCAAACAGCCCCAUAGCACUUGUCCACCACGUCCAAAAAAAGAAGAAGACAAAGUGCUACUCAACUCACAGGUGAUCUUCACGCCAUGAAAAGGAUGAUUUAUGUACAACAUUCUCUCCUCAUCAAUUUACUUAUUUACCGUCGUUGAGUACGCGGCUGGUUCAGUACGCCGCUGCUUUAUAAGAGCAAAGCAGGCUCCGCUGCUUAACUGAACACCACAAACACUACGUGAAACAGUAGCUCAAAUCGCUCGCAACCACCCUGCACUCUCAGACUCUCAGUCCAGUUCCCAGUCCCACGCCGGCCGGCCGUUCGUUCGUCCGACAUGCACUGGAGCGACGAGGAGACGUCCGUUCUCGUGGACGCUUGGGGCCCGCUGUACCUCGGCCGCAAUCGAGGCCCCCUCAGCAUGGAGGACUGGGACUCCGUGUGCAGCGCCGUCGACGCACACCACGCCGCCGCCGGGCUCGACUUCAGCCGCAACCCCGCCGGUUGCAGGAGGCGCAUCUCUACACUCAAGGCUCGGUACACGGAGGAGGCCGCCAAGGGGCAGCCGACGUCGGCGUGGCGCCACUUUGCCCACCUCCGCGCCUUCCUGGCCGAUCCCAGCGGCGGGCCUCCGGGCUUCGCCGCCAAGAAGCCGGGGGCGUCCGUGAAGCAGGAGAAAAAGAAGGUGGAGGAGGCGAGUGGAUCGGUCGGCACGACGAAGGUCCCGGCGAAGCGCCAGUUUUCGAGCCUACGGGACAUCCUGGCAAAGACGCCGGCGACCCUCAAGGAGGAGGAGGAGACCGUGAAGGGCUGCGGGUGUGAGUUGGUUGGGGGUUCGGCGGCGGGGGUGACGAAGCUGGUGGCGGAGAUGACGAGGCUGGCGGAGGUGCACGAGCGCGUGGAGAUGGAGAGGCACAGGUUCAGGAAGGAGAUGCUCAAGAUGAAGAUGAAGGAGGAGAUGGAGACGGAGGACGUGAAGCUGGAGCGCAAGAAGGUGAAGGCGGAGAAUGAGGAACAAGUCCGCGGCAACUAAAAUCAUGAGGGACGGGGGAUUUGGUCUGCAGGCUGAUGCGUGUAGGCUGAAAAUCCAGUGGAAUAGAGAAGUAGUGUUUGUGCUUCACUGUAUCUUGUUUUACACCUAGUGUUGUUUACUGCAUUUGUGGUUGUACUCCGCACUUACCAUGUACCGUAGCUAGUACUAGUAAUUAGCAAGCAAGAAUCACCCCUAGAUUACAUAUCAAUGUAAUGUACGCAUUUUAAAUCAGUAGUAUAAUCCAGCGUUUGUGUCUCGAUCGAGUUGA